AUGUUUUUUUCUGCAUUGCAGGCGACAAACGCGAGCGGAUUCUUCGAGGUGCAGAUCCUCUCGCUGACGAACAACAGGGGCACCCUGGUGGACGGUAGGUGUUGCGGCGGGGGAGGCGAUGGCGGAGGAAAAGGUGGAUUACCACCGUGCACGACACCGUGUUCGACGGCCUUCUGGCUUUGUCUGAAGGAAUAUCAGUCGAAUGUAACCGCCAUCGGCUCAUGCAGCUUUGGCAACGUAUCUAGUCACGCCCUCGGCCAGAACACCUUCACCCUCAGCGAACCAGGCACCCUGCAACUCCACUUCACCUUCCGAUGGACGAGGCAAUUCACGCUGAUCCUGCAAGCGAGAGACGAAGCUAGCGCAGGCGUGAUCGAUGAAGCGAGUUACAGCGGCAUUGUCCUGCCAGGACCCACGUGGCACACUCUCAAUCAUCAAGGAAGAAACGCUCAUCUAGCCUAUCGCGUUCGGGUCCAGUGCGCGGACCAUUAUUACAACGCGACCUGCACGAAGUUCUGCCGGCCGAGGAACGACAUAUUCGGCCAUUACACCUGCGACGAGAACGGCGACAAGGUGUGCAUACAAGGGUGGAAGGGAUCUGACUGCGAAAUUGCGGUCUGCAAAGAGGGUUGCCAUCCCGUGCACGGUCACUGCAACGUAAGCGGCGAGUGCAAGUGUCGACACGGUUGGCGCGGUGAGCUCUGCGAUCAGUGCACACCGUAUCCAGGUUGCAAGCACGGCUACUGCAACGGUUCCAGUUGGCAGUGCAUCUGCGACACGAACUGGGGCGGCAUCCUCUGCGACCAGGAUCUCAAUUAUUGCGGGACGCACGAGCCCUGUCAGAAUGGUGGGACGUGCGAGAAUACAGCGCCGGAUCAAUACAAGUGCACCUGUCCCGAAGGAUUCUCGGGACCGACCUGCGAGAAAGUCGACAACCCCUGCGCCUCCAAUCCCUGCUCGAACGGCGCUACCUGCAGGGAACUCGGUGAGAGUGCACACUGCGAGUGCGCUCCUGGAUUCACCGGUCCUUAUUGCGCCACCGACAUCGACGAGUGUGCCUCUCAACCUUGUCAAAACGGUGGCACCUGUGUCGACGGGAAGAACGAGUUCGUGUGCAACUGUCCACCAGCCUGGCAAGGGGUGCUUUGUCAGUUCGACGUGGACGAGUGCGCGCUGAAGGAGUCGCCGUGCAAGAACUCGGUGACCUGCGUGAACCUUGCCGGCGAUUACAGGUGUCGCUGCAGGAGCGGUUUCACGGGGAAGAACUGCACGAAGAACAUCAACGACUGCGUCGGCCAAUGCCAGCACGGUGCACUAUGCAUCGACCUGGUCGACGACUAUCACUGCAGCUGCACAGCUGGCUACUCUGGCAAAGACUGCGACGUGGACAUCGACGAGUGCGCCUCGAAGCCCUGUCAGAACGGUGGAGAAUGUCGAGACCUGGUGAACGCCUACGAAUGCGUCUGCCCUGUAGGCUUCACCGGCUACCAAUGUGAAAUCGACAGGGAUCACUGCAGCCCGAAUCCAUGCAGAAACUCCGCGCCCUGUUUCAACACGCAGACCGACUACUAUUGUCACUGCCCGGAACAAUGGCAGGGGAAGAAUUGUUCGGAACCAGCCUCUCACAACCCGCAGUUAGGCGUGAUGGACGAGGAGAGUGGCUGUGGUAGCGAGGGCACGCCAUGUGGCGGCAGAGGCAGAUGCAGCGGGGGAAGAUGCAUCUGUGAUCCUGGCUACACUGGGAUGCACUGCCACGAGAACAUCAAUGAUUGCAGAGGAAACCCGUGUCUGAAUGGCGGCACGUGCGUCGAUCUGGUGAAUUCGUUCCAGUGUAUCUGCAGGGAAGGCUGGACUGGAGACCUGUGUGAUCAAGACGUAGAUGAGUGUACCAACGCACCUUGUCGCAACAAUGGCACCUGUGUAGACGGGGUUGCAGACUUCACCUGCAUCUGCAGAGGCGGCUGGAAGGGCAAAACUUGCGCCCUACGAGCUGGCCACUGCGAACCAGGAACCUGUCGUCACGGAGGAACCUGCCAGGAUCGUGGCGACGGUUUCACUUGCCACUGUCCUCCAGGAUGGGAAGGAGCAGCUUGUCACAUAGCGUCUCCAGCCUGCGCGAGCAGCCCCUGUGAAAACGGAGCAACCUGUGUGAAUACCGCCGAUGGAAACUACAGAUGCGUCUGUCGAGAAGGUUUCGAGGGUCCUAAUUGCCGACGAGACGUGGACGACUGCCAACCGUUACCCUGUCUGAACGGCGGUAAAUGCGUAGACGGGAUCAACUGGUUCAGAUGCGAGUGUGCACCAGGUUUCACCGGUCCAGACUGUCGUAUAAACGUCAACGAAUGUGCCAGUGACCCUUGCACAGGUGGAUCCACCUGUGUAGACGGUAUAGCAAGAUACUCCUGCGUCUGUCCUCCGGGAAGAACAGGGAUACGCUGUGAAAUACGCACCGCAGGUGGACCAGGCUGCCCGGUCGCCGGUUGGGACGACGACUGCAACGUCUGUGAAUGUCGCAACGGGAAGAAUCAGUGCAGCAACAUCUGGUGUGGUCCAGGGAACUGUUUGAACGGAACCUCGUGUCUGGCUCACGAAGUCUGCGUACCCAGUCCGAGUGAAAGCUGUUUAGCUCCUCCGUGUCCAGCUUGGGGAGAAUGUAGACCUGUGGAGACAGGAAGAAGAGUUGGACCACCUGCACUUCCUGCACCACCUUCGUGUUGGCCUGGGCAGGCCACUCCAGGACCAACUUGCUCAAGGCUCACCAUUCUGUUGAGAAGAGACACUCUAGCUGCUGGAACAUCCGUGGAAAUACUCUGCAGACGUCUGAGAAGGCUGCUAGCUGAUCCUAGAAGGCCACAAUCAAUUGUUCUUCUCUGUGAUCUUAAACCUGGAGAUAACGAUACGGUCGAAGUGACCAUCUUCUCAGAAGCGGCCGCAGAUGCAGCUAGAGACCUGGGUGAAGCUCUCAGUCGACCUCUGGGCAGACCACUCGCCCUGGCCUCCGUACUGGAGGUCAAGGUAGAGACGGCCUUGCUCAGCGAGCCAAGUUCCGUGAAUUCUGGUAGCGCAGGUAGCUACGUGGCCGUUUUGGGUGGUGCUCUGGCGACAGUUCUGGUGCUGGCGUUGUUUGGUGGAUUGUGGUACCUCAGAACAGUCAGACAAAGAUCCAGUUUAACAGCGACGACCAGCAGCGAGACGUCUCUUCAUCGACAUCGUAGCGAUCUCGAUGAGAAGUCGAACAACCUUCAGAACGAAGAGAACCUGAGGAGAUACGCGAAUCCUCUGAAAGAUCAGGACCAGGGAGAACCUAGAGUCUCCGUGGUGAGACCUCUGUCUGGAACUUCGUUAGGUGCUCUAGGCACAACGGAGGAAAGUUUAGAGAUGGUGUCCGAGGAGGGUAGACAUCGUCUACCGCCGCUUUACAAACCGCCCAGCGCAGAGGCCAGGAAUAAUACUGCCAGUUUCACGUACGAAGAGGGCCCUCACAAGCCGUACAGCAAACCUAGACUACAGGAGCCGACGUACUCUCAUCAGCAACCAGGCACCAGCCAGACGUCAGGACCGCAUCAAGUGCUGACGGUUCAUGUGUAA